GUCCGCUUUAUCUGCAAACUUAUAUACAUUUCGUUCCGGAAUGGGGACUAGGGAAUAUCCCAGUGCAAUAUUCGACAUUAACAAAACAAUCUGAUUAGACGCAAGAUAAAUUUACAAAAUGUUUAGUGAAGCUAUGUGCGUAAAUUUGUACAAGGUAUUUCCGGUUCUUCAAGAUAAAAUAUCAAUAGAGCCGGUAUCGGAUUGCGAUAUUUCCCAGCUAUCGAUUCAACUAGAAAAGCAUCAGGUGUUACCGAUUGUUUACGAAACGAUAUUUUUCAAAAUUGAUCGAUUACUACGGCACGAAACUGUUCCGGCUUUUUGGAGUAAUUUCAACUCCUCACCUAAUCCACCAGAAACUGACAGUGAUAAGCAAGGAAAAGAUUCAAAUCGUCUUUUCUUCCGGUUUCAGCAAGCCGUUCAGAACCUAUACAAUGAUUUUGGGCGAUAUUAUUUGCAAUUGAAACGACUCGAAAAGCUGCGAAGUAGAUUUCCAAUACCAGCGGACGUCGCCAAAAAACCAAGUGAUUUGAGCGAAUUCCUACGAAUGUUUCGGUGCGCGCUCUUGUCUCAGCUACCAACCGAUUUUAACGAUCUGGUUUAUGAGUUUUAUAGUGUCGCAUUCAAAGUGUUCGCACUGACACACGUGGAAAGUGAUGAAUUUAUGGAAAGUUCAGAUACGUUUCAGUGUAAUGCUUGCGGAUUGGAAUCCCUUCACUGUCAAUGUCAAAGCUUGGCGAGCGCUUUCACUAGCACAAAUCGAUGCCUGGCCACUAUGGGACUGUUAGACAAAAUUGCUGGAUUCACUUUAACUAUGUUGAUUCACGAGCGCAUUGAUGCUAAAAUUUCAGAAACAAAGGAAAACUUUUCCGUAUCUCACAUUGAACCGUUGGAAAGGUGGUUAAAUACAGUCGUGCUACAGUGGCUGAUUCGAAUCUACAAUCGGGGCUCGUUAACUAUUGCAGCGGAGGAUAAAAAAAUUGAAGAGGCAAUUAGCAAUUUUCAAACGAAACUGAGUUUCUAUUUGUACGAAAAUUAUGCUAAUGCGAUUAUUGAUCAGUUCUUUGGAAUAAUUAUUGACUUUCCAAUGUCCCAGGCUGCUAUCGAUGAUUUGAAACCAUGUUUGGAAAAGAUUGAUUUGAAAAAUCAACUUAUUAAAAAAGUUAAACAUACGUUAGAAACAAAACUGUUACAUCCGGGUGUCGAUACACCGGACAUAUUGACCGGUUACGUAGCUGCCAUUAAAACUUUGAGACAUCUCGAUGCCACUGGAGUUCUACUGCAAACUAUUACCGAACCGAUUAAGGAGUAUCUUCGCAGCAGACCAGAUACGGUCCGUUGUGUGGUGACCGGUUUGACCGAGGAAGGCUGCUCGGAUCUCUCCGAAGAACUUGCAAAGAGUGAGCAUCUCAAAACGAAGGACGAUGUCAAUGAGAAGCUAGAACAAACGGACUGGGAAAACUGGAACCCGGAUCCUGUGAAUGCAGACGUUAUAAGUAAAGAAACGCGUUCGGGACGACCGUCUGACAUAAUUUCAAUGGUAGUUGAUAUCUAUGGCAGCAAGGAAUUAUUUGUGAACGAAUAUCGAAACCUACUGGCCGAGCGUUUGUUGUCUCAGUUGGACUCUAAUCCGGAAAAAGAACUUCGAAAUUUAGAGCUACUUAAAUUGCGGUUCGGUGAGACUAUGCUGCAUAGUUGCGAAGUUAUGUUGAAAGAUAUUGGUGAUUCCAAACGAAUUAACUCACAUAUUCUAUCCGACGAGUCCGGGUUUGUCCAGGAGCGGCCAUUUGAUAUAUCUGCUCUCAUCGUGUCAUCACAGUUUUGGCCUACGUUUAAGAAGGAAACUAUGGAUCUACCGGCAGCAAUCAAGGAAAUGUUUGAUCAAUACACGAAGGUGUUCGAAUCGUACAAGGGUAACCGAACCCUCCACUGGACACCAUUGAAUGGAAAGGUCAUAAUCGAGCUAGAAUUGGAUGGUAUAAUAAGUGAAAUGCAAGUUACUCCAGCACAGGCCACUAUCGCCAUACAUUUUAGCGAACAACAUAGCUGGGAGCUAGAAAAACUGGGUCAAAAAAUGAAUAUGCCUCCGUCGAUCUUACGAAAACGGUUGGUGUUCUGGCAGUCGCAAGGUUUGAUACGUGAAACCAGAGAAAACUUUUUUGUUCUUAAUGAUCGCAAUAGUAGAGCAGAAGCGACAGACUUGCACACGCAUGCACCAGAUGUUUGUGAUGACGAAGAAGCGGAAAGUGCGAUGGAAUCAGCCAGCGAUCAACGGGAAGAAGAACUUCAGGUGUUCUGGUCAUACAUUGAAGCUAUGUUAACUAAUUUGGAUUCGUUACCAUUGGAUCGUAUUCAUCAGAUGCUUAAAAUGUUUGCAUCGCAGGUUGAUGUUUCACAGGAAGAGCUUAAAAACAUACUCCAAAGAAAAGUUCGAGAACACAAGUUGGUGUACGCUGGAGGAGUGUAUCAAUUGCCGAAGGUCUAAUAAAUAUUCUUUUCUUUGGUA